AUGCCUCGUCGCGACAACCCGCCCGACCUCUCCAACACUCCCGCAAAGGGCAUCUCCUACUUCUCCCCCGAACAAGAUCCCCCUGCAGGAACAGCUGCAAACCCCCAGUCAGAUGGAACCAUUCCUCCCAAGCUCUUCCAACCUCUGACCAUUCGAGGGGUCAAAUUCCACAAUCGCAUUGGUCUGUCUCCCCUCUGCCAAUACUCCGCUAAAGAUGGCCACAUGAACGAUUGGCACCUCGCCCACCUUGGCGGCAUCGCACAGCGCGGCCCAGGUUUCCUCAUGGUUGAAGCAACAUCCGUCACACCAGAAGGCCGCAUCACCCCGGAAGAUCUGGGUCUGUGGCAAGAUUCCCAAAUCGAGCCUCUCCGACGAACCAUCGAGUUCGUGCACAGCCAGAGCCAAAUCAUCGGCAUCCAAAUAGCGCAUGCUGGUCGCAAGGCGAGCACCGUCGCGCCGUGGUUAUCCUUCGGCGAUGUGGCGCUGGAGAAGAAUGGAGGUUGGCCCAAUGCCGUUGUCGGGCCUAGCGAUAUUCCAUUUUCGGACAGUUUCCCGCAGCCCAAAGCCAUGACCAAGCAGGAUAUUGAAGAUUUCAAAAAGGCCUGGGUUGCUGCUGUGAAGCGCGCUGUCAAGGCGGGUGCGGAUUUUGUCGAGAUUCAUGCCGCGCAUGGUUAUCUCUUGUGCUCGUUCAUGUCGCCCCAGUCCAACAACCGGACCGACGAAUACGGCGGUAGUUUCGAGAAUCGUAUUCGAUUGACCCUCGAAAUUGCGCAGUUGACCCGUGAAGUUGUCGGGCCUAAUUACCCCGUCUUCCUCCGUAUUUCUGCCACGGAGUGGCUGGAGGAGAGCAAAGCCGGGGAACCCAGCUGGACCGUCCAGGAGUCCGUCAAGCUCGCCAAGGCACUCGUUGAGCAAGGCGCCGUUGAUUUGCUCGAUGUCAGCUCAGGAGGCAACAAUUCCGCACAAAAGAUCACGGGCGGUCCUGCAUUCCAAGCGCCGUUCGCAAUCGAAAUCAAAAAGGCCGUUGGCGAUAAAUUGCUUGUAGGAACCGUCGGCAGCAUUACCUCUGGCAAGCUGGCGAACAAAUUGUUGGAAGAAGAUGGCCUGGAUUUUGCCUUGGUCGGAAGAUGCUUCCAAAAGGACCCCAGUCUUGCGUGGACGUGGGCUGAGGAGCUAGACUUGGAGGUUAGCGCUGCGAACCAAAUUCGCUGGGGGUUUGCGCAUCGCGGUGCUACGAAAUUUUUGAAGAAGCCGUCCAGCAGCCUAUAG